AUGUUUUGGAAUGGACAGGCUAGCAUUAAUGAUGAUGAUGUUGAUGAUAAUGAUGUUUAUAAUGAUGAUGAUAAUGAUCAUAAUCAUGAUAAUGAUGAUGAUGAUAAUGAUGAAAAUUAUGAUGAUAAUUAUGAUCAUGAUAAUGAUGAUGCUGAGAAUGUUGAUAAUGAACAUGAUUAUAACUAUGAUGAUGAUGAUCAUGAUGAUAAUGAUCUUGAAAAUGAUGAUAAUGUUUUAAAUAAUGAUAAUGAUGAUGAUAAUGAUAAUGAUCAUAAUCAUGAUAAUGAUGAUGAUAAUGAACAUGAUGAUAAUUAUGAUGAUAAUAAUGAUCAUGAUUAUAACUAUGAUGAUGAUGAUGAUGAUGAUGAUGAUAAUGAUGUUUAUAAUCAUGAUGAUAAUGAUGAUAAUGAACGUGAUGAUUAUAAUGAUGAUUGUAAUGAACAUGAUGUUAAUAAUGACGAUGUUUAA